AUGCGUUGUCCGAGGAAGGUCACUCCCGCUGUUCCGGCCCCUGCCGCAGCGACGGACUCACCGGCUGAUGCCGCGUCCGCAUCCGAAGAGGAAGAGGAGUUCGGAGGAUUCGACUCCUCCGACGGUCAGGAGCCUUCGGGCACCGCACCGUCAUUGCCGGCAUCUUCGGAUGAUGAAGUUGCGGCUGCAAUGUUCAACAACGGCAUUAAAUCAUCUGAUGAUUUCCGUCUUCUCACGAAGGAGGACAUCAAUGAUCUCUGCAUGCGGCUCAAAAUGGGCUCCAUGCAUACCAAGCGAAUACUCGUCUUCGCAAAAUGGAUGCAUCACGCACCCAACUCAGUCGAUGUCGCCAAAGAGUUCACGGCUUCCGUGCUACGCUUUGAGAUGAUGACUAGAGCCGCGGCGUCGUAUGAUAAUGUGACUACGACGGCUGCAAAGGCUGAAAAAUCGGCUACUAGCCUCUUGCCUGAACCGUUUGAUGGUUCGCAGAAAAAGUGGCUCACUUUUCGUUACGGUUUCGAAGCGUGGGCAGGCGCAAGUGGGUCCACUUUUACCGCGUGCAUCGCGCACCAUUCGGAUCGGUAUUCGAAAGCCGACCCAACCGGACCCCAUACGUCGCCCCGUGACGUUUCAGAUUUGUUUGCACUCUCCCCAGUUGUCAACAUCACCAGGAACGCAACAAUCUUCUAUACUCUCAUGUCGCUAACCAGCGCUGGGGACGCCUGGGGACUUGUUGAGCCCCACGAGCAUACUAAGGACGGACGCAGUGCCUGGAUUUCUCUAUGUGCCUUCUAUGAAGGAACGAGCCAAGUGGGUCUCACUACCGAGCAGGCUCGCGCGAUAGUCAUGGAGUCGGUGUAUAUAGGACUGUCCAAACAGUUUUCCUUCACCAAAUAUGUCGCUCGGCAUAUCUCUGCCAACAAUGCCCUUUUGCGUAACAAGGAGGGCUAUUCGGACGCUCAGAAAACGAAUUUCUUUCUUAAAGGGAUUACUGAUCCGGCACUCCUUCCUUAUAAGGCAACUGCCGAAGCGCGACUCGAUGACGGGAAUUUUAAUCGGGUCGUCAACUACAUGCGUACGUCCGCGACGAAACUCAGUUCCAAGGACAGAAGCGACUCACGGAACUGGGAAGCCCUAACCCCAGCUAUCAGGGAGAGUAUCUUGAGCGCAAAACGCAGUAUUCCACCCCCUGGCCGUGAGGCCAAAAGGGCUAAAUCCUCAGAUACAGAUAACUCUAGUUCAACCGUUGAAUCUUAUUCACAACCGCCUAGUAGUAAAAAACCUAUUCGUAAACAUACAUGCGAAACUCACGUCCAAGUAGAUUCCAGUACCCCUGAAACCCUACUUCGUGACGCACCCACAGACAUUUCACCCCACGUCACCACCAAAAAAGUGACAUUUGGUGCAGGUGUCCUCUUUGGUCGGUACGCUAAUCGCGUAUCGUUGAAUCGUAUGGUCCGCUCCGGCAGUCAUUUCGAUCAAGCCCCUUGGCGCAAGUCGGAUUUCCGACUUAACGAUGCGACACUAGUUCGUAUUCGUCAGAACCGCUCACGCGGAACAAAAACUCCCACCAAUUAUGGUGAAGCGGUAAUUGAUACUGGUGCAGACACCGUCUGCGUCGGUGCCGGGUACUCUGUAUUGUCAUACACGGGUCGAUCAGUCAGCCUUCGCGGUUUUCAUGAUGACGGUGAAACGUUUGACUGUGAACGGAUUCCGGUUGUCACGGCGGCAACCGCCUAUGAUUAUGACGACGGAACAACCGUGAUUCUCAUCUUUCAUGAGGCACUGAACCUCGGACCAACACAGACCACCUCGCUCAUUAAUUUGAAUCAAAUCCGACAUGCCGGACAUCAAACCGAUGACAUUCCAAAAUUCUUGUCGCAAGGCAAAUCCCUUCACGGCAUCGAAACUCUCGACGGUGAUUAUAUCCCGUUUGAGCUCAAAGGUCAUGCAUCUCUGUUGUAUUCUCGCGUACCUACUCAACAUGAGCUUGACAACUGUCAGCACAUUGAUCUCACUUGUGACCAACCUUGGGACCCCAACAGUAAAGAUUGGGAAGAUAAUGAAGCAAAGUACACACGACACGAUCGUUCUCGUCGUGCCUGCUACACCAACAGCGUACCGGUUGACAUUCUCCCGGAUUGGCCUCCACUACCCGUUUCCCCUGGAUCCGUGGUACCGGAUUUCCAUAACCGUGUCAUGAACUGUCACGGUAUAGUACCAUGCGACAUGUCUCCUAGUGAUGUCCGUCCUCGAGACGUCAACACGGUGAACGGCGGUUGGAGUCUUCAUAAGGGAGAAGUGAGUCGUAUGGAAGUUAACUCGGUCUUAUUGCAUGAAAUUCCUAGAUACAAUGAUGUAUUAUUAACAGUCUUGGUUUCUCGUCAAACCACUGCUGCUUAUCGCGCAGAAUUUAGUAAACCCACCUUGAGUCCGUCUCAAGGAAACGUCAAGCUUGGUACCAGCGUACCUCGUCCGAUAACACUGCCUACAUUGUUUGUGUUGCAUAAAGUAUCAGAGGUGUCUAAGGAGACAUUUAUCGGCUUGUGUUCCGCAUCCUUGGAAGCUGCUACCACCAUCCUCCUGACCACUGGUAUUGAAAACCCAUUAGUACUUCAGGGUUUGUCAUUACUGGCACGGAGCGAUAUCACGCACAGCAGUAAAACUGCCACCGAGGUGGUAGAAGGGAGUGAACCAGUGCUGGCAACGUCCACUGCCCAACCCAAGACCUGGUUGGUUACCCAUUUCAAUAUGGUUACCGCUACGCGGACAACGUCCAAUGCAAGCGCUUUCGCUCAUUUACUUGACACGGUCCUUGCCCUACCGGCAACAUCUCCUAUCCGUUCUAGUCUUGUACUACAUGAGUUAGAUGAUCUAGACGGACUCCUUAGUAUUUUUGAGGGCCAAAUCGAAACUCUAGAAUAUCUCCCUGUAUCAUCCGAAGGUGACGCAACCCCUGUCCCAAUCAAGUUACGUAUGGGCCAUCAACAACUCUUACGUUACUUGCUACUCUGGAUACGUCAACUCGCGCACGACAAAGGAGGUCCCCUCUCGAACUACGAACUCAUCUCUCUCAUGAAAGAAGAUUUCAGUUUAUUUCGACGGUCUCCAUCAACUCAUUUGCCGAAUGCAGUCCCAACACCCAGUUCACAAUCAAGCACUCCUUCGACUAUGGUUGGAAACUCUAGUCGUUCUGCUGUCGCUGACUUUAAACGCGGUGUUAUACGUGAUAAAACGCAUUAUCCGGUGCUCAAGGACGACCGAUAUUGGGACAACUUCUACCGUACUUUUGUCGUUACCGCCGUAUCGCACAAUGUUGAUAAUGUCCUAGAUCCAGCUUACUCCCCUACGAAUACAGAUGACAUAUUGCUAUUCAGGGAGCAGAAAAAGUUCGUCUAUUCCGCUCUAGAACACUGCUUGCAAACGGAUAUGGGUAAAAACAUUGUCCGCGAGCAUGCCUUUGAUUUCGAUGCACAAACUGUUUUCGCAAAAGUGGUAAAACACUACACCGAAUCCACAGCUGCAAAGAUCAGUUCUGGUACCACACUCUCCUGGACUGGAACCGCCGAAGCAUUUAUUUUGCAUUGGAAAAAUCAUCUUCGCAUUUACAACGACACGGUCCCGGUUACAGAGAAGUUGCCACCACAACUUUGCCUCAGCCUGCUCGAGUCCUCUGUACGCGACGUUUCAGAGCUUCGCCAAGUCAACACUACCGCGAAUCUAGAUUUAGCUAAAGGGGGGUCUCCCAUUAACUAUGAAAAUUACCUAAGUCUACUCCUUGCUGCCGCGACUUUGUACGAUAAAGGAAACAAUUUUUCUAAUUCCCGUAGCCCAAAAUCCAAGCGCAGCGCCUUUGUUACUGAGACUACCUUUCCCGAUGAUGAAUAUGGCGUCGAUUACGACAUUGAUUUGUCACCGUCCAUCCUUUACGAAGCGAAUGCUCACAACCGCAGAGCAGGCGACCAAAAUCGAGAACGCCAGAGCAAUGUCAAUUGUGAGCGACCGUAUAUUCCUCGUGAGAUGUGGGAUAAACUGUCCGACGAUGCAAAGGAGAUUCUCCGUGGUAUGUCUUCUCCUAAAGAAGGAAACGCCUCGGCCAACAGCAAGUCUUCAUCUGCAUUUCAUGCCAACUCCCAUUCUUUAACCGAUACGGGACACUCCUCAUCAACGGACGAAUCAUUGCACGAAAAUGACAAUGAUAAAUUCCAUGAUUGCGGGAACGACACGGAACUGCUUGCACACCUUACUGAUCACUCAAGUAAUAUGGCAAAUGGGGACAUUCGUAAGGUCCUCGCUUCAGCUUCCUCCUAUAAGCAGAAUUCGAAGAACUCCCUGCAGUCAAAUAUGCUCGAAUACAGUAUUUCCCGACACUCCGUUGCAGAGACUACAUCCUCCCUCAUCGACAGAGGCGCAAACGGCGGACUUGCCGGAAGCGAUGUUAUAAUCCUUAACAAAACAGGCCGUUCUGCGAGCAUCACGGGUAUUAAUGACCAUACUUUGCCUGAUUUGGACAUUGUCACCGCCGCUGGCCUCGUUGAAUCACAACAUGGACCCAUCAUUGUCAUACUCCAUCAGUAUGCCCACCAUGGAAAGGGAAAAACGAUCCAUUCUAGUGCUCAACUUGAGUACUACAAGAAUAUUGUCGAGGACCGUUCCCGUGUUUUAGGCGGUAAACAACGUAUCAUAACUCUAGAUGAUUACGUUAUUCCCCUACACGUUCGUCAAGGACUAGCUUAUAUGGACAUGAGACCUCCUUCCAAUGCAGAGUUUGACACGUUACCCCACGUUGUACUUACUUCCGAUGUCGACUGGGACCCGUCCAUUAUCGACAACGAAAUUGACCUUGUCACAGACUGGCAUGAUGCCAUACAGGACCUUCCCAGCGACCCGCACGUUGCGACCUUUGACAUUUUCUCGUCAUAUGACUUUGUUCAUCGGUCCACGGCUAUCGAUAAUAUACUCUCGCCAAAUCAACAUGACAUGACCCGCAAUUCGCACAAUUACGAAGCCUUGCGUCCUUGUCUUGGCUGGGUCUCCGCCAACACAGUCCAGAAAACCAUCAUGGCCACUACGCAAUUCGCUCGUGAGGUCUAUAAUGCACCUAUGCGUAAACAUUUCAAGUCUCGUUUUCCGGCACUUAAUGUUCACCGGCGCAACGAAGCUGUGGCUACCGAUACCAUUUGGUCGGACACACCUGCUGUCGAUAACAGCGCUAAAUUUGCGCAAUUAUUUGUCGGUAGACGAUCGCUUGUUACCGACAUUUAUCCUAUGAAAACAGACAAAGAGUUUGUUAAUGCACUCGAAGACAAUAUUCGUCAUCGGGGUGCCAUGGAUAAACUCAUCAGUGACCGUGCCAAAGCCGAGAUCAGCAAGAAAGUUUCUGAUAUUACUCGUGCUUACCACAUUGAUCAAUGGCAAAGCGAGCCCAACCACCAGCACCAAAAUUAUGCUGAACGUCGAAUUGCAACUGUUGAAGCAAAUGCAAAUAAAAUUCUUAACCAAACUGGUGCACCUAAUUCUACCUGGUUAUUGUGUGUUUCCUACAUUUGUUAUUUGUUUAAUCAUUUGGCCCAUGAGUCUUUGCACGAUCGCACCCCCCUCGAAAUUCUUAACGGUAGUACUCCUGAUAUUAGUGUACUCCUUCAAUUCCAUUUCUGGGAACCGAUCUACUACCGACUUGAAGACCCUACUUUUCCUUCCGACGGAACUGAAAAAAAGGGCCACUUUGUUGGAAUUGCUGAUUCCGUUGGUGAUGCUCUUACCUACAAGGUACUCACCAACGACUCCCACAAGAUCCUUCUCCGAUCUAGUGUUCGCUCUGCGUUGAAACCUAGUGAACCCAAUUUGCGUCUUGAGCCACAUGAAGGGGAGAGUCCUCCUAAGCCCAUCAACUUCAUUAAGUCGCGCAGAACUGAGGACGGAAAUUCUUAUGCCAUCCACACGCUACCUGGACAAUGGGGAGCAUUUUCGUGCACGUAUUGCCAGGAAAAUUCUUGA